AUGCAAUUUAUCUAUAUAUUGCCUGGUUGGGAGGGUUCAGCUGUAGAUUCUAGAGUUUUGAGGGAUGCAAUUUCUAGGAGAAGUGGAUUGAAAGUCCCUCAAGGUUACUACUACUUGUGUGAUGCUGGUUACACCAACGGUGAGGGAUUUCUUGCACCUUAUAGAGCACAAAGAUAUCACCUAAAUGAUUGGAGGCAAGGUCGCCAACCUACUUCUCCUAAAGAGUUUUUUAAUAUGAAACACUCUUCUGCUAGGAAUAUCAUUGAGAGAGCCUUUGGCCUACUAAAAGGAAGAUGGGCAAUACUUAGGAGUAGAUCAUUUUAUCCAAUCAAGACCCAAUGUUGGAUCAUUUCAGCUUGUGCACUACUCCACAAUUAUAUAAGAAGAGAGAUGUCACUUGACCCUGAAGAGAACUCUCCCUUGUCUGACAACUCAGAUGCUCAAGAGUUGGAUGGUGAGCAUAUAAGGUAUGUGGAGACAUCUGAUGCAUGGAGUGAUUGGAGAGAUAAGUUGGCUGAAGAAAUUUAUGAACAAUGGAGGGCCUCUAGGCAUUGA